CUUUGGAUGGGAAGAGACCUUGAAAGGACCUCUAGUUUAUCCUGCAACUUCAGUCAAUAUCCCACUUAAAUCAUCCCAGGUUGAAAGAGCGGAGCCUUCUCUGAGACAUGGAUAGAUGCAAACAUGUCGGGCGGUUGCGGCUCGCCCAGGACCACUCCAUCCUGAACCCACAGAAGUGGUGCUGCCGGGAGUGCGCCACCACCGAGUCGGUGUGGGCUUGUCUCAAGUGCUCCCACGUGGCCUGCGGCCGCUACAUCGAAGAUCACGCCCUGAAACACUUUGAGGAGACCGGGCACCCGCUAGCCAUGGAGGUCCGGGAUCUGUACGUGUUCUGCUACCUGUGCAAGGACUACGUGCUCAACGACAACCCGGAGGGGGACCUGAAGCUGCUCAGAAGCUCCCUGCUGGCGGUCAGGGGCCAGAAGCAGGACCCGCCGCUGAGGCGCGGCCGGACGCUGCGGUCCAUGGCUGCCGGCGAGGAUGCCGUCCCGCCGCAGCGCGCUCCUCAGGGACAGCCGCAGAUGCUCACGGCUCUGUGGUACCGGCGCCAGCGCCUGCUGGCCAAGACGCUGCGGCAUUGGUUCGAGAAGAGUUCCCGCGGCCAGGCGAAGCUGGAGCAGCGGCGGCAGGAGGAGGCGCUGGAGCGCAAGAAGGAGGAGGCGCGGCAGCGGCGGCGCGAGGUGAAGCGGAGGCUGCUGGAGGAGCUGGCCAGCGCCCCCCCGCGCAAGAGCGCGCGCCUGCUGCUGCACGCCCCGCGCGCCGCCGACGCCCCGCGCCCCGCCUCACCGCGCGCGCCCGCCGGGGGCCGCCCGCCGCCGCGCCGCGCGCCCGCCAUGGCGCCGGGCGUCACGGGCCUGCGCAACCUGGGCAACACCUGCUACAUGAACUCCAUCCUGCAGGUGCUCAGCCACCUCCAGAAGUUCCGCGAAUGUUUUCUGAACCUCGACCCUUCCCAGACCCAGCAGCUGUUUCCCAAGGCCCCCAACGGGAAGGCUCCGCUCUCCGGCAGGCCGGCCGGCAGCUCCGCCACCGAGCUGUCGGCCAGGAGCAAGGGGGCCGACGCGUGCGAGCGGGAGGGUCUCUGCUUCAAUGGCGGGGCCUCCAUCAGCAGGAGCCUAGAACUCAUCCAGAACAAGGAGCCGAGCUCGAAGCACAUUUCCCUCUGUCACGAACUGCACACCCUUUUCCGAGUCAUGUGGUCCGGAAAGUGGGCCCUGGUGUCGCCCUUCGCCAUGCUUCACUCCGUGUGGAGCCUGAUCCCCGCCUUCCGCGGCUAUGACCAGCAGGACGCGCAGGAGUUCUUGUGCGAGCUGCUGCACAAAGUGCAGCAGGAACUCGAGUCUGAGGGCACCACGCGCCGGAUCCUCAUCCCCUUCUCCCAGAGGAAGCUCACCAAACAGGUCUUAAAGGUGGUGAACACCAUAUUCCACGGGCAGCUACUCAGUCAGGUCACAUGUGUAUCAUGCAAUUACAAAUCCAAUACCAUUGAGCCCUUUUGGGAUCUGUCCCUGGAAUUCCCUGAACGGUAUCACUGCAUAGAAAAGGGGUUUGUCCCUUUGAAUCAGACAGAGUGCCUGCUCACUGAGAUGCUGGCCAAGUUCACAGAGACAGAGGCCCUGGAAGGGAGAAUCUACGCUUGUGACCAGUGUAACAGCAAACGACGAAAAUCCAAUCCCAAACCCCUUGUUCUGAGUGAAGCUAGAAAGCAGUUAAUGAUCUACAGACUACCUCAGGUCCUCCGGCUGCACCUUAAAAGAUUCAGGUGGUCUGGCCGUAAUCAUCGAGAGAAGAUUGGGGUCCAUGUCGUCUUUGACCAGGUAUUAACCAUGGAACCUUACUGCUGCAGGGACAUGCUCUCCUCUCUUGACAAAGAGACCUUUGCCUAUGAUCUCUCCGCAGUGGUCAUGCAUCACGGGAAAGGGUUUGGCUCAGGACACUACACAGCCUAUUGCUACAACACAGAGGGAGGUUUUUGGGUCCACUGCAAUGACUCAAAGCUGAAUGUAUGCAGUGUCGAGGAAGUGUGCAAAACUCAAGCCUACAUCCUUUUUUACACUCAAAGAACAGUUCAGGGCAAUGCAGGAAUUUCAGAAAACCAACUCCAAGCUCAGGUGCAGUCCAGCAACAACGAUGAGGGCAGACCACGGCUCAUCCCCUGAAUGGGAGGCACGUUUCAAGGACUGGCCUGCUUUUAAACUAUUGGUGUUCAUAUAUCUUUCCUCUUACAGGAAAUAAGGUUUAGUGCAGGAACAGAGUACUAGGUUUGCCUCACUGGGACUACAGCAGAAGGUGCUAGGUGACUCAUGUUCUAUCAUAAAAUCUGUAGUCACUUUC